GCCUUACAGUACUAUGAGAUGUGAGAGUGAUCAGUGAAGGCGAUUGAACAUAAUCGACGUGAAGAUUGAAUAAAAGAAGGAAAAGAGAGAGAGAGAGAGAGAGAGAAGGAGAUCGAUAAACUAAAAACGAAAUGAGAAGUAAACUUUGUUAGACUGUUAAUGCAUCGACUUGCAACUAUGUUUCAACGGAGUCUGCUAUGUUACUUGUUCGCUGUGGUAUUGGUAGCUGUGGCAGGAGGAGAGAGGAGCCAAUACAGUGGAGAUACAGUGGACUACAGAGAUCUUCAGUUACCGCAAUUACAGGAUGAGGAAGACGACCCACAGCAGACGAUAAGGAUAAAGACGGUGGAGACGAUCUUAGUACACGACGCAGGCCACAGGCAGAUGGUAUUAGUGGCCGUGCUUGGGGCGUGCGUGGGGCUUCUGGGAGGCUUCAUUAUAAUGGUCCUUCUCUUCUGCUGCUGGCACUUCAUGAUAAGGAGAGAACCAAGCAUAUUAUUGCAUUUCGACAAGUCCAACAACACCUAUCGGAGCGCUGAUGUCAUUGACGGAGGAGUCUAAUUACAGCAUGAGAACUACGUGAUAACAGAGCCACAGGGUGUUCUCCAUAACAAAGAAAGAAGGAAAGAAAGAAAGAAAGGAAGAAAGAAAGAAAGAAAGGAAGGAA